CCGCAGUCCUGCCACCAUUCUUCAGUUGCACACUGUCCGCCGCGACGUACGAGCGUAAUGCCCUCGUGCACAACCAACCGACCGUAUUGCCAACAAAAAACGAGCUAAAAACGCAUUCACAACAAGAAAACGAGUGUGAAACGAAACAUCCUCGACGAUAGAAGGUAGUCAACAUCAACGAUAGUCUACAAGCAGUAAUGUUAAGAACUUCAAAAAUCUCUACAAUUUCAUAAAUAAUUUCUUCAGUGGACACUUGAGUGAAUAUCGAAACUUUUAUAUUUAUAAUCAUAGUAAUAGAACAAUGACAAUUAAGUAGAAACACGUGAUUGGUCCAAUCAAGUGCUGGACUUUUGUAGCAGCCAAUCAGAGCACGCCAUUCAAGAUGAGCGCUAGAUCUCGACGCGGGCGCCGCCAACUAUGACUGGAGCCGCAAACAGCUUGCGGUCUGUCAACACAAUAUGAUAAAGCACAGUGCAAUGGCGGUGCGGUGAUGGCGGAUGGGGGCGCGGGCGCGGUGGCUGAGGGGGCGGGCGAGUCCGCGGCACGGGGCGCUGCGCUGGAGCGGGCGUACGUGCACGACGUCUACGAGCAAGCAGGAGAUGACGGAGACGAGAGCUCGCGAGCGCCCGCGCCUGGCGUGCAGGCCUUCCUCUCUGAACUAGAACCCGGCAGCCUCGUUUGUGAUGUCGGAUGUGGAAACGGCAAAUACCUAAGCGUAAAUCCGUCCGUGUACACUGUAGGAGGGGACCGGUGUACCCGACUCACUACGCAAGCGCGACAUCACAACAAUGAGGUGGUUGCGUGCGACAACUUGUGCCUACCGUUCCGCGAUGAGUCUUUCGAUGCGGUCCUAUCCAUCGCCGUCGUUCACCACUUCGCCACGGUGGAGAGGCGAGCGAUGGCGUUACGGGAGCUGGCUAGAGUCACCCGGAUAGGUGGAAGAUUACUUCUCACUGUCUGGGCUAUGGAACAUGAGGGACGCAACUUCCAUUCACAGGAUGUGUUGAUCCCUUGGCACCGACCAGUGACGCUGUGCCCGCCAACACCAGCACCAAGAUUCCUGUCUGUUGACAAUGAACAUCACGCUGAGCCAUGGAAAAGUCGGGAUGGUUCUCCAGGAUCAUCAUCACUUUCCUCACCCAACGAGACGUGCUACUCAUUCGUGAGAAGGGCACUGCAACGAUUGGCGGGACGGAGAUCGUUCCUGCCAUCAUGGAGUAUCGGAGCCAGGGUACCACAGCGACCUUGCCUACGCCCCGAACCACCCGCAGCUGACCUACCUAUUGAGCUACGACGCCUGGACGAAGCACUCCCUCCGAGAUUAAUUGCACAAAACUCGGACGCGUCAACGAUAAAGUCACGAAGUUUGACAGACAUCGCUGAUAUAGAGAGGCGAGCGCUAGUCCGAUCUAGGUCCAGCUUACCUAGUUUGGGUGGCGAGGAAACCGAACCACCACCAGCAGCAGUUCCAGUGCCAGAGAUCAAUGAACCUCGGAAGAAACCUCGACUUGUAAAACAAAAGAAGUCGAUAAAUGAAGACGAUGCCGAGGAAGAUCUCGAUAAACCUACCGACAUGAAAAGUAUGGUAGAAGAAAUGCCUAACUUUAAAAUACAUACGCCUAGGUUACAAUCUAGCAAAAAACCAGGCGUAUUCAAACAAACUUCCCUCAACGAGGAAUUGAUGUCAGUUGAACGGUUAAGAGAAAAGGAAAGGUUGAGGAAAAAUAUCCAGAAACAGGCCUCACUGAACGAAGAGUACCUUUAUCGGAGACCCGGAGUUUUAGACUCCAUCCGGGACUCAAUAUUUUCCACAUCCGCGACCACUGGCAAAAAAUUCCAGUCACUGAAAAACGGCCUCACUAGCAAAUUCAAAACGUCUACAACGAAUAUAGAUAAGGUUACUGUGUUUGUAAGAAUGCUCCAGGGUUGGAAAAAUCACGGACCUGCACCAGAAGUUCCUACGCCAAGCGACAAUAAUACUGGAAGUGACAAAACUUACCCUGAACGAAGACAUUCCAAAGAAGAUGGGUCUGAUUCAUCUAAAGACAGCAGUCUUCAAAGCGACACGAGUGUAGAUUCUGAAGAUAGUUUUGCGUCAGUAAUCUACGUUCCGAAAGCAGAUGGAUCAGGCGAUCCAUUAUCUCCCACACCAUUAUCGCCUGGACCCACUUCACCAAGACUAAAAGUAUCUUCGGUUCCCACGUCACCUCGAAUGAAAAGCUCUCCAGGCUUGCCAUCACCUAGAAUCAAACAAGCUUUUCCUUUGAUAAGACCACCGGCCUCGCCAAAUUCAGUACAGGCACCCACCACAGUGAACAAAAUUCUAGUAGCUCAAUACAGUUUAAAGAACUACUCAACAACUACCUCUGUGGCAACAGUUCCAUUGAAGCCACAGUCUAAAAGUCAGCCUAAUUCUCCACCUAAGUCGGAAUCCGAUGAUACUACAAUAACAAAACCUGAGCCUCUACCCAUCUUAAGCAAUAACACCUCCAUUGAUGUCUUUGAAGAAAUAGAUCCCAUACCUCCUAUUAAGGAAGAAGAGGAAACUCCAACUAGCGACGUGACUAAAGAGUUACUCGCAGAAAUAAACAAAGACAUCGAAGAAAUACACAAACUGACAGCCGAGACCAACAAAUUCCAACCACGAGUAGUAUUACAAGAUGUCAAACCCUAUCCGAAAAUUACAUUGCAAACUGUCGCAGAAUUACCGGAAAUACCACAAUAUAGGCCGAAAGAAACAAACAAAUCAAGCACCGACACCUUAGACUCAAGAUCAGCAGAUCGUAAGCGAAAAGAAAGGAUACGACAGAUCAAAGAAAUGCUGAAUAAGGGAAUGCCAUCCGGUAGUAUAAGCAGAAGACCUCCGUUCCCAAUAGUUCGAGGAUCUAGAAACGCAGAGCCAAUAGUAAAAAGCCGGCCCACGCUCAUGUCUCUCGAACUAUUCAACCCAGCAACAGAUGACAUGGAUAGCGACUCCAGCGGCGUUUCUUCUCCCGAUUCUGUAGACAGCGUCAUAAGUGUGGUACCUGAAGAACUAAAGAAAACUGCUUUAGAAAAAGAUUUACCAAACCCUACACCUGAAGUAAAAGAAGACCCAUCAUCUGAGAAACUUCCUCUACCACCAACUUUGGGCCCGCAGAGUCUUAUUGAAGCUGCAGCCGAAGUCGCUCACUCUUUGGAUGAAACUUGCGAAACUGUAAUUCAAAGCAGCCCAAGAUCAAAGAGAAGGCAUUUGGAAAAGCUCGAAAGUGCUGAAGCAAUGGCGAUUGUACAGGGGGCUUCCAGUAGCAGCAGCAGUAGUAACUGGAGUUUAAAUAAAUUAUCGCCUGGAGAUUUAAGGAUAUUGGAAUCCAGAUCCCAAUCCCAUACAAGCUCAAGUGGAAGCUCUUCCAGCCUGGAACGACUUUCUCCAGGAAGAAGAUCUAAAGAUCGCUCUCCAAAACUAGGCAGCACCAGUAAUUCCACUUGGAGCUUGAAUAGGCUAUCACCAAACAGACCAGAGGGCCGAUCCUUAGAUGAAAACCUUGGUAAAACGCAUAGAAGUCCGACUAGAUUACCAUACGAUUCCAUCUCAAUAUCGAGCACAGAUUCUGACAAAUCAAUAUCCAAGUCAGAAAGCUUUAAUAGAAUACAAGCUAAUGAGCCCCUUGUAACCUGCAAAUCUGACAUGAUUGCUACUGAGGAAGAAUGGCCAGAUCAACAAGACCGCAGUCAACACUUAACCGAAUUUGCAGAAAAGUUAAGUGAGAAAUUAUUGCAAGAAAUAGAUCAAUAUUCAAAACGAAUAAAUGAAGAAGAUUUUGAUCUGCCCAGUAGCAGCAGCAGUGAAAAGAGUAUCUCACUGAGAUUAAAGAGAGAGGAAGAAGAUCGUAACACUCAAAAAAUUUUAGAUGAAUUAUCGGACAGUCUGCAACACCUAGAAGAUCCGUACAUUCAUAAAAUAAGCACAGAAAUGCAGGGCCUCAAUAAAUUAAGUGCAGAACUACAGGAAAGAAACAAAUACAUUGCUUCCUUAAAUGAGGUUCAAGAAACUGACAUCAGUAAACUUUUCCCUAAAUGCAUCUCUAAGACCAAAAGCAAGAAGAGAUCCAAAGACGUCGACCCCAUCAUCAACAAAUAUAGGGAAUUAAAGAAGUCAAUGAAGGUUUCGAGUGAAGAGGACAUUUACCUCAAUAAUUGUGCCAACGUCCAAUACACAAAACCAGUAUUGACUGAUAAACUGCCGGACAUUGACGCUAAAAACCCAGAUGACGAUAGCGCAAUAUCGUCAAGUAACGGCAAUCCCGAAAUAACGAUCGACUCGGGAGCCUCAUACGAUACGAGUCAAUCUCUAGAGACCGGAUACUCUUUGGAAUCCGAAAUUAGUGUUGACUCGUUAUGCACCAGCACCGACAAGAGAUCAUCUCUGAAAGUCGGUCAAUCGACGGAUUCAAGUGACUUGGACAAGAUGGAGAUAAGUCCUGAAUCCGUAACAUCUCGCUCGAGUGCCAGUACAGCUCCAUUGAAGUCUGGUUUCUCGAUAGAGUCCAGCGACACAUCGGCAGGAAGUGACUGGAGUCGGCGUGACAAAACUGGCAGCACAGCAUCCCUCGGCUGCGCCAGUCUUGCGUCCCUACCUUCAUACAGCGAAUGCUCCAAAGACAGGAAACUGUUGGAGACUCGCUCGUCGUCAGAAGACACGGCUCCAGUUCCUGCUAUGCCACCUCCUCGUGCCUUCCCGCACGCACCGCUAUUGCCCUCCUUGAGCGAUGGGUCGGACAGCCUGCCAUCAGAAGGAGGAGCGGUCACCUACCAUCGCUACUACCACGUCUUUAAGCGUGGAGAACUAGACCAGCUGAUCGAGAAGUACGUGGAAAGUCUCCACGUGGUGUCUUCGUACUACGAUCAGGCGAGCUGGUGUGUUAUAGCUGAGAAAGUGCAAGUGUGGACCAUUUAAUGGACCUAUAGUGUACGUACUCUUUGACUAUUGGCUGAUACAAGGUUUCGUUGCUGGUAUAUUUAGGGGCUGAUGAUAAUUAUUAUUCUGGUUCAAGUUCUAUAAUCUUAUGAAAUAGUGAACAUUAUGACCAUUAAAAUAAUAAACAUAGGACACUAAAAAGUGCAGUGUUUACAUACAAUCAAGUGACCUUCAUAACAAACUCGUAAGUGAGUGUUAAGGACAUUUACAUGUGUAAUGCAAUUCUUAUAACAAGUGUGUAAACUCUAUGCGAAAUGCCAAAAGCAAAGCUUUUGUUUUUUAAUAAUAUAUUCUAGUCACUCUAUAAAAGUUUACUAGUUGUUAUUUCUAAUAUAAUCUUAAUAAUUUUGUUGCCCUUCGCGCGACGUGGGUUAACGGGAGUCAUAAAUGUACAGGUGGCAGUUACAUUACUCGCACGCCAUCUAUGUGGGCUGCGAGUAAUGUACCGAUGUCGCGCUGUCAUUGGCUCUGCGUUAAAGCUGCGUUUGGCACAACGGGCAUUAGUAUUCGAUGCGAUAAUAGAAUUCGCAUGAAUGAAAACUAAGAGCUUUAAAUAGUGAAAAUUAAAUAUAAUAUAUACUUCAGUGGCUCAAUAUUAUAUAAGCUAUUCAUAGCUUAUUUACUCUGACAUUCGUGUAUACCUACAGAAAUUGUAACAUUAUUCUCACAUAGAUGUAAUGCAUUAGACCAUACUCCAAGACCAAAAUAAUUAGGUACAAUGAAAAUAUUCAGAUUAAUUAUUGUAAUCGUUCUAUGACAAUAACAGAGCUGUAGCAAUGACGUCAUGCAAGUAUUGUUUAUCAUUCCCUAUUACAUCACGCAUUUAUUCCCACUAAUAUUUCGGUUUUGGAUUAUGGUACAACUUUUUUUAUUUGAAUAUUGUCGUGUAAUAAUCCGGUGUUAUAAAUUAAAUGUUAUGUUUCUUUACAGUAUUGAUUGUAGUGAGCUGGCCUCUCAUACAAAUUGUAUAAUUCCUGGAAGGGUCCACGGUACUAUCUCGCCACCUGACAUAGCAGCGUUUGUACAUUUCAUACUAAAUUUGGACCAUUUAGUAAAGUUAGAGGUUUUAGACGUGGUAGCGGCAUUAUGAAAGUACCCCUUGUCUACUAAAAAUACUUCAAAGUACAAAUACAUGUUAUUUGUUCAAUACUCACUAAAUAAGUGUUUUUUGAAAGACUACGUAUCCAAAACUUUUACUUUAGUGCCAUGUAAAAAUAUUUUUACCGCCAAACACAGCUUACAUCUAUUCCCGCAGGAACGACAGCAUGCCUUUUCUUACAUUCCAUAUUACGAUUUUAUUAUUUUUCAAAAUAAACUAUUUUACGCAUAUUGUAUGUUAACAUCAGAAAUAGCCCAGUCAAUUUGAUACUUUAACCUGUCAAUUUUCAACGAGUUUAGGAAAAGGUACUACUUACAUUGCAGCCAAAUCAAGACACAUUUUUUUGUGGUGGAGGAAGUAUUAUUAUCAGAUAUUGAUUGAAGUAAAAUAAAAUAAACACCUAUGGAGCCUUUAAACUUUCCCAAAAUAGUAUAGAGGGUAAACAUGUUUAAAGAUGACAACAUUGUUUAUAGAAAGUGACGACAAAAAUAGCGCUUACCAAUCUAGAUGGUUAACUCCCUCUAACAUAAGAACUCGAAGAAAAUUUUCAAGUGUUUCGAUGUCAUUUUGACUGGACUAAUUUGUGAAACCACUCAAAGAAGGGGGUAAUAGGGUCUUCUUUGUGACACUUCACAUAAAUCAAAUACAUAAUUCCAGCUUUAAGCAUAUCUCAGUUUGGUUACUUCCAUUCUUACUUUAAACCGUCUUUCCUUUUGAAUCGAAUAAUAAUCUUCCUUUUAAUAAUUAUUAUUAUAAGUGAAAAUAACGAAUUUUAAAUUUCAUUUUAUCAACGUAUUAGUUAAUAAGUACUUACAUAGAUAAGUUGAUAAAUAUACCGUGCAGCUACAAAUCAUUUUUAUCUUAUAACUUGAUAUAGUAUAACCUGCAUUUUUAGUUUAAACGUCCGAUCAGAAAAGAAUAGAAAAGGGUCAUAGAAAUGAGUCUCUUUUAAAUUGAAUGCGAAAAAAAUCCCGAGCAUUUUUCCAAGAAAUAAAAUUAAAAAAUAGACUUGUUUGUAUGAGCAUAAAAAGAACAAUGGCCGCCCUAUAAUUUGUACAAAGCCUACAAACGAAUCGAGAACGGCAGCGUUGCUUAAACAGCAACAAAAACUAUGGAGAGUAUUCGGUAUUGAACUGUAAAUAAUCGCUAAGUAUAUAAAGCUACUAGAAAUUAAUUAUGUUAUCAAAAAAUCAGUGAGAUUAAAAUUAAUAUUAUAGAUUUAGUAAAUAUGAAACGAUCAACACACGGCUGAGUAUUUAAUAUUUUCAAUAAACAUACGAAUCUCAGACACGACUAACUUGGGAAAAUAUUAAAUGUGCAGAGAGUGCAUGAUAGUCGCAUUGUCUUAUAGAAUUGUAUCUAUUAGUUAAAUACUGGACUGUAGCGGUUAGGAGAUGAUAUACCAAUAUAUAUACAUAUUGCACAACCGAUACCGUACCUAUUAUUUAACGACUUUAUGUACUUAAGUCUUCAUUAUAAGCCAGUGCCUGUCGAAGUCACGUGCUUGCAGUUUAGUGAAAUGAAUAUUGAAUGAAAAAUACAUAAUAUAUUCACAUUAAAUAACUAGUACAAUAACAAAGCCAAAGCAUUGUAUCGUAUUGGUCUCUCAAUUGACAUAUAUGUCCGAAUACUCAAACGCUACUUAAUUUUAAGACGCUCUCAAAACUAGUUCUGUCCCUAUCAAUUCUUUAUAAAAUGACAGAGAUAGCACGAUAUUUAAGUACAACUUAAAAUUAAGUAGCAUUUCAGUAUUCGGGCGUUAUUCUCCAAAAGAUAUAAAAUAUUUUGUAAAUAUUGUAAUACGCGGUGAACGACUCCAUUCAGACCAAUUUACUAAACUGUAAAUGUCGAUAAACAGAUAACAAAACCAAGCACAUAACAUAUAAAUACUUAUUCGAAUAUAAAACUAUAAUAAAAAAAAAAACAUUUUUAUAUUACUUACUUGUGUAAAAUAAUUUCGAGCAUUAAGUCUGUCCGAUGGACGUUAAAUUGAUUUUAUUCCAAGUUGUGAAGUUUUUGAAGCAUAUCAGUGCUGUUUAAGUGUUUAAGGGAAUGUACUAACUAAUUGUUUUUGUAAUUUAAAUUGCUUGAUAUAAUUAUUUGGUGAAUAUUGCAGGGUGUCGCUGUCACAAAGUUGGGAUGUCUUAUUUUAAAGUUGCACGUAGACAAAUAGAAUUAUACGUAGGUACUCUAUUCUCCAUGUGACCAAAAUGACGCCGAACAAAUAUAACGUGUAUUUGUUAUUUUACGAAAUCCUUCAGUACCCUUAGUACAAUUUCGCUUCACUUUUAAAGUAAGCGAAACGAGAGUGCAUUCGGUGCUCUGAUUGGUUGAUUUAUUCGAACCGGCCAAUCAGAGCGCCGAACGCGGUCUCAUUUCGAUUACUUCAAACGUAAAGUUAACUCGUACUAAGGGUACAGUUAAUGUUACGGAGUAAUCAAUUACAAUAAUCUGCAUAUAAAGUAACUUUGGAUAGUAAGUGAAUGUCCCUCUUCCUUUUCAUUCCUUAUAUUCCGAUUUUAACUUGUGUACAUACAUAUUCAUAUAAAUAUAUUUCAUAUUGGCUUAAUCUGUGAUAUAUAAUAGAAAUUGGCACAAACCCGCAUGAUUUGAAAAUUAUUUAAAUCGAGGAGUAGGUACACUUAAAUAAUAAGAGGAUUCUGCUAUUCUAUUAUCAUUUGACCGUGUUAUUUGUGAUAUUAAUUUUAUGACCGAUAUGAUAUUUGGUAGAGAAACGUUUGUCUGAUUUUUAUUAUUGGCUACAAAUACAUGAGUAUUUAUGAUACAAAAUAAACAACGCAUAUUGUUAAUGUUUACAUAAAGUAUAUGGAUAGCACAUAGAAUAUUUAUAUUUUUAUGUAACGAUGUCUACUUAUUAAGAAAUUUGGUGUCGGCUGUUUAGUGAUAUUUCAACCUCUAUUUGUUACAUCCAGUCAUACUAAAUAAUUUAUCAGUGCUUAUUGUCAAUUUUAAGCCCAAACAAGUCAACAAUUACGUUCGUAUUUCAUCAAGGGUUUUUUUAUUAUUCUAUUGAACUAUCCUAAACAGCGUUGCAAUGUUGUCUCAAUAAGUAGAUAUCGUGUUAAAUGUUUUUCGUUUAUAUUAUCAUACCUAACCUCGCUACACUACGCUGCACUCGUAAAUAAUUACCAAUAGUAUAAUGCUCAUAUGCUGAUAUCUUCAUAUCAAUCAUGUGAAUUGGAGUUUCGAAGUAAACUGGACCUUAUAUUCAUAAUGUUUUAAGGUUGUUUGUUGGACGGUGUAACUCAACUAAUUUCAUAGUCAGGAGCAGCAUUGGACCUAAUAUGAAUGAGAAUUUUAAUUGACUCUAUAUCCAUAAGAUCGCUCUAUUGCAACAUCAAAGAAAGACAAGUUAACAAUAAGUACAAUUUCGGAUUUGUAAUUACCUAGAAAAGGAUAAGAUUUGAAUUGAACAACGAAAAACCGAACCUUUAAAAACUUCGAUAGGU